UAUAGAUAUCUGAUAGUGAUCACCAUUCGCUUUUUUUUGUUUGUCUGGAGUCACGGUUGUAUUUUCGCUAUCGUUUCGUCACCCAGUCAAUGGGGGACAACCGUUGGAAAUAGGUCAUGCCAGUCCCACGCGUUCCGGUAUGGUACCGCCGAUUUGCGAUAUUUCAUUCGACGACAACUCGUACGGUGUUUUUCUCGCAGGACAAUCUAUCGCCGGUCAGGUGGAGGUUAGCGUUCCGAAGGUGAAACGAGUGAAAAGUGUCUACCUAAAGAUAAGUGGACAGGCCACCGUCAAAUGGGCGGAAAGCAGAGGCACUGGUGCCAGCGUGAUCUACAGUGGCCGCGAGGAAUAUAUCAAUCACACGGUGGUGCUGCUUGGAUCCGAUACAGAGGAGGAAGUGGAGCUGAAGGAGGGGUCACGUUCGUUUAAAUUCACCUAUAAACUGCCGCCAAGUUGCCCAACAUCGUUUGAGGGAGAUUUCGGAUACAUACGGUACACAAUCCGCAUUGUGUUCGAAAGACCGUGGAAGUACGAUUUAACGUACAAGAUAGCAUUCACAGUGGUAAACCAGCUGGAUUUGAAUAAGAUUUCACCACCUUUGAACGUUGCUACCGUGCUGGAAAAUAUGAAACAGUUCAGCUGUGGACCCUGCAGAUCGGCACCAAUGAUCAUGACAGUAUUCAUUCCAAUGACUGGCUAUGUACCGGGCCAGUUGAUCCUAGUUACAGUUGAUGUUAUGAACAAAAGUAAGAAGGACAUCAGUGAGAUCAAGCUAAAACUUCGCCGGCAGGUGAAGUACGUUAGCCAGGCACCAAGUGAAAGGACCAAAGACGUAUUCUCUACUCUAGUUAAGUACCAGUGCAGUGGUGUAGAUCGAAAUAAAUCAGCCGGUUACGAAAGACGGCUGCUUAUUCCGCCUGAACCACCCUCACGAUCAACAAACAUAAUUCGAAUCGAAUAUUUUAUAGAAGUCACUGCCAAAGUCCCAGGGCUGUACGUAUGUCCUAGGGUCAAAAUUCCAAUCACGAUUGGUACAGUUCCGUUGAUCAAUCUCAACAAAUCCCAGGAGCAAUCAUCAGUCGUCGAUGGUCAGCUGAGGGGUUCCGGGUCAACGGCAAAUUGUUCAGCACAGUUCCUGUCCAGCAGCGUUCAAUCGCUUAAAAUACCCCACAGCUUCGAGGAAUCGUUGAGCCGGGCGGCGAUUAACAUUCACGAGGACGGCGAACACCAGACACUGGGAGCGAAACCUUUCACCCCACGUUAUCCGGUUUACAAGUUCGAGCAGCAACGGGUGGACAAUAGCUCAGUAGCAGCGUCCAGCCUAGCCGGCUAGCUGAAAGUGUUGCGAAACCACGGAAGGUGAUGUUAAUGGAAUAACUACGUUGUGACACUUAUCGGAGAAAAUGAAAAUAAAAAUUAUACAUAGAAACACUAUCUUCUUGCUGGUUCUUAUCGGGUUUGUUGGUAUGUUUGGUAAUGAAAUUCUGUUCGCCAAUUCGAAGUGUUCACAAGACAGUUAGGAGU